AUGUUCUUGAACGACUGGCAGCGAUGCCCAGCGGCGUUUGAAGCUCUUGCAGUUUAUGUCGUAUUUUCCAGCAAUAGUGACUUGGAGCUCUUCCGCGAGGCCAUCAACUGCACGGCCCCUGGCAUUCAGGAGCUCUGGACGCCAGUGGUUGCGAGAGCCCCAAAGUCGGGAUGGCCUGCGGGCAAAGGUUACGGGCAACAAGUCACCGCUGCAUACAAAAAGUUUUUUGGUCUGGCUGCUGUGAUGGACCGUCGGGGAAGCGAGAAGUUCGGCCUGAUGCUAGACUCCGAGCUGUCAAUUUUCGACUUUUAUGCUCCAGCCCGGACGGGCAAGGCUUGCCAUCCCGGGGGCGCCUGGAGCCAACUUCUGCAGCGCCUGCACGCGUGUGAAGAGGCAAAGACCUUCAAUGCUGCCCGAGUGAGUGAUAAUUUGGUGGUCUACAACUUUACUUCUUACGUGAUGAGCGGAAAGCAGUAUGAUCAAGCUCUCUUGAAGGAGAAUUUCGACUUUGUUCGGUCAGGGAGAGUCUGUGGAUCUGAAAAGUGCGCUCUGGUGCAGGAGAUGAUUUCAAAAAGCUUGUGGUCUUGGUGGACCGAUAUUCCUUGGGCUAACCUCAUAGUCGCCAAACGUAUGCUGGCAUCAGCUGCAGGUACAGACGUCAAGAAAGUCACUGAGUGGCAGGGCCUUGUCCAACAACUGCGUGUUCCUCGGUUCGAACACGUGGCAUACCAAAUGUGGUGUGUUCUGCAUGAAGGUUUUCAAGUGCGGGAUGUCACGGACUUGGCGAAAGAGGCACGAUGGGGCUCCUUCCUUGAGGACCCUCAGCCUGACUCGCGGUUUGCGGAAUUGAACCCACUUUGGGCUUCCACCGAAGCCGUUGCUGCGGUGGAGAUGUCCAAGGCGGCGGCUUUCUCCCAGGAGAGCCCACCACUUCUCAUUUUCCACGCAGAUCAUCUGCAGAUGCGCUUCACCUUCUCCGGACGCGGUCACAAGUUCUUGUGGGAGUCCUUGCUCCUAGACCUGCUCGAGAAGCACAAUCGAACGGACUUCGACAACCGCAGCAUCAGGUGA